AUGGCGCCACCGCACCUAAUUACUAUGCACGCCCUUCUCCUCGAUGGCGCCGCCGCGAUGUGGCGUGUUGCGCACGUUGCCCUGCAGCCUACGGCGAGAAACGGGUGGCGCGGACUGUGCGCGGCACCAGCUUUGCUGGCUUUCAACCCAGAAGCGGCGGCGGCGAAUCAGUCGGCCGUCGGCGACGAUGAAGCGGUCUCGCCUGCGGCACCUUGUCGAGCCAACAAGCAGCAAGCAAGGGCUGGUGAGCAGCGUCAAUUCGGGCAUGACGGUCGACUCAUCGGCUUCCGCAGUACAACGGCCCUGUACAACCACGUGCAGUUGAGCGUCCAGGAACUGCAGCGCUUCCUGGCCCAUCAGCUGCGUGCAGUGGCAGUCAAGGUGCCCCAAUCUCUUCAGCAUCGCGUUGCCGCAUUGUCCAUAGCAUCUAAGGAAAGGUUACACCACCUCGCUGCAGAAAUGAAGACCAUGGCGCACCUGACCGGAAUCCUCAAACGAAAGCGCCAAGCGCUGUUUCAACUAAAAAACAAGGUUCGUCGCGCCAUCGAUCGCAACCAGAAUGAGGGCAACUGCUCGCAGGCGCUGGUUUGCCGUCUGGCCAACCCGUACGGCUUCUCCUCGGCCAUUCACGACGUUCUGUGGUGCCUGGCGCAAGGUAUGAGCCAGGGCCGGCCUGUGCUUGUCGACUCGGAACCGUGGCACUACGCGCCUUCGUCGUGGCACCACGCAUUCCUGCCGCUCAGUUUCGCCUGCCCUGCCAGAACAGAGCCACGCUCCCAAUGGCCAGGGGAGAACCUGUCGGCCAACCGCGCGGCGCUUCUCAAUAUUCCCGGAGACGUGGCCGAUGAGCUGGUCAAAUAUCACGGCGAUCCAUAUGCCUGGUGGUUUGGCCAGCUGAUGGCUUACAUCAUGCGUCCUUCCGAGACACUGGUGGAGCUCAUCACUCAGGCCAAGCGGAAGUGGCAGUUCCAGUCACCCAUUGUCGGACUGCAUGUGCGUCGCACGGACAAGGAGAGCGAGGCAUCGUUCCACGACGCCGAGGAGUACAUGGAGCAUGCCGAGGCAUUUUUCGCCGCGGCAGGACCACGCGUACCUCGAAGGGUGUUUGUCGCCACCGAUGAGCCGGACGUCUUCCACGAGCUCCGCCAGAGGUUCCUCAACUACUCAUUCAUCGGCGACGAGGCGGCAUCAGGGGCGGCGCGGAAUCAUCGCACACGCUACUCGCUGCAAUCGCUGCUGCUGUUGGCCAGGGACUUGGUGCUGUUGUCCGAAUGCGACUUGGUGGUGUGCACGCUGUCGUCCGGCGUCUGUCGCGUCGUCUACGAGCUCAUGCAGGCACGGCGAACCGAUGCCUCGGCGCAUCUCGUCUCGCUGGACGUCGACUAUUUCUACGCGUUUGUUCAGUUCCCAGCAAGGAGGGCCAUUUACAGUCACCGGUCCCUGCACCCAAAGGAACUGUGGCUGCGAGAGGGCGACGUUGUGGAGAGGUUGGGUGACCACUCGGUCAUUGGCGAGGCACGCCGGAAGAAGUUUUUGGAUGGCGUCUCCGUCGGCACAUUGCCUGGCACCGUGCUCACGGGCCUCUACCCGAGCUACAAGGCCGUCCCACAGCUGCGCGUCACACCAUCCCAGGAAAACAAAAAUAUGAAUCGAGCAGAAAAUCAGGACGUAAAUAGAGCAUGUCAAUAUAACGUGGCAAACCUGGCGUCGCGGACUUCCUCCGCCGCUGGCUGA